AUGCCUUGUGGGAAACGACCACUGGUCAAAAAUUGGGACAAACCAAAGCGCAUAAGGAUGAUUACUCCGUCACGGUACGAACAGACUUUGGAUAGCGUCAAGGUCCAUUGGCAAAAUGUUAUCAAAGAAUUGGAGAUGUCCUACAAAGAUGAACAGUUUUGGGAAACAAAUUGUGAUACUGUACGUGAAUUGGUGGGCCCAGUUAUAUUUCAACGCAUUGCCAAAAUUUUCGACCUACCCGAAGAAACCUCACAAUACCAGCCAAAAGAUCAAUUUGUAGCUCCAUCGAAGUCCGAAGAUUUUUAUGUUAAAAAAAUGGCGUGGAAAGCUGGCGUAUCUAUUCUGGGUGAGGGCGAGCCUUUAGUUGAAGAAGAAGAAGAGGCAGCACAACCCGUAGAAGAAUCAGACUGGACCGAGAGUACAGUUGAUCACAGCGAUGAAAAAAGGACAAUGCAAACAAGCAAAACAAUACACGUUUCUAAAUCACUUUCCAAAAUGCUGUCAAAAUCUUUUUCCAGAUUCAUGUCAAAGGUAAUGGCGAAACCUGUCAGUGACAAAUUGAGUGAGAGAGUGUCAGCCUAUACGCUACCAGACUCACUCGCAGCCACCGAUGACGACCUGAACGUACGACCAGGGUCAGCUAUAGAGGAAAUGUACCAUCAUCACCGAAGAGGUCCGAAUCCAUAUUUUGAUAUGCUUUACUGCACUGAAUCAGAAACAGACAUGAUUAAAUGGAAGUCUAAAUAUAAGCAAAAGACUUUUGAAGUUUCAGCCUCUGAUGAAUUUAGCAAGAGAGCGGAAAUAUUGGCUAAAAAGAUUUCCAACGAAUUCUUUGACUGGUGGGUCAGUUUGGGUAAUGUUGAAUUCAAGAGUGAAAUCAAGAGACCAGAGGACAUAGAAGCAUUAUUCCAGGUAUGGUUCGACCAGCAUGCCUCACGAGGGCUUGUCCUGAAUCCCCAGAUAAUGCCGUGUGUGCUGAGGUCCAUUGCUACCAGCACUGGAGUACAAAGGGCGUGUUGUCUAAAAGCGUUGAAACGCCAAAUAGCGGACGAUAUAAAAGCGGAGACCAGUCCAGCACACACGAUGGCGUUUGGGAAAAGUUUGCCUCAUAAACUGAAACACUUGCCGCCUCAGAACAAUACUAGAAAGAUGUGGCGUGGAGUCAUAAUCCCUGAGGAUCUGAGGACCAUGUCUUGCGUCUGGGAGGAUAUACAGCAUCUUACGUCAACGAAAGCGUUCCAGCACUGGCUAAUGAAACACCCACAGCUCCCAAUGCCUCCAUUCUUGAAGGACAUUGGAUCUGUUGCAGGAGACAAGAAGACUCCAUUCGUGGUACCUUCAGACUUCGUAAUGAAGGAUAAAGGUACCCUAGCUGCAUCUAAUCAAGAACUAGCCCUUCCCGUGUCACAAUUCUCUCUAGAAUUGAAAGAAGUUCUUAGCCGACUCAUGAAUAACCAGUAG